CAGUUUUACUCCCGUACAAUUGGGGGCUUUAAAAUGCCUAGUGAUAACUAGGGGGCAGCUGAUCUACGGAAUUGCCUGCGGUGAAAUUGAUUCUCGACCAUCCUUUCUGUCUGCGUUGGCUCUGUUGCGGAUGAGACGUUAUGGCUGACUGGUCCAUGUACCAUGCCUUGGGUCAGGGCGAAGACGACCAGAACAAGCAUAUCAGAACCGAGCCUGCCGCCCCUCAAUUCAUACCUCCGAUUGCUCAACAACCUUCCGGCUACCCUCAAGGUGGUGCUGCUCCUCCACCAGGACAGUAUGGCGCUAUCCACGGGCAAGCUGCUCCUGCGGGGUUUCAACCGCCACAGCCAUUCCAGGGUCCACCACAAAGCAGUCCUCAAGGUGGUGCGAUUGAAGGGUUGACAAGCCAGAUGGGGGGAUUGGGGAUAUCGGGGGAUAUGGCAGGCAGCGUUCGUGGCCAUAAAAAGAAACAUCGCCACGCCUACCACGAUAUAAUUCCACCAGCAGGUUCUUCUCAGGCAUUUGGCGGUAUGCCCCAAGGCCAAAUACAGAAUCCUUCGCAGUACCUAGACACUGGUGUCAAUCAACCUCCACAACCUACAUCUCCGAUGAUAACCCCCGCCCAAAGAACACCGGGCCUUCAGCCAACCCACGGGACUGGAGAUGGAUCCGUAGCUACACAUGGCAAAGUCGAUCCUGCGCACGUACCCGGCGUUCCGCCUUCGCGUGAUAUCCCCGCACAGUACUACCUUCAUCAUGUUUAUCCGACCAUGGAACGACAUCGCCCUCCUCCAGCCGCGAUCCCUUUUAUAGCACACGAUCAGGGAAAUUCCUCUCCGAAAUUUGCACGGCUCACACUAAACAACAUACCAUCUACGGCCGAUCUCCUUUCCUCUACUUCCCUUCCAUUGGGCAUGGUACUCCAGCCCUUGGCGCCAUUGGACCCAGGGGAGCAGACCAUUCCCGUAUUAGACUUCGGUGAUGCUGGUCCACCACGGUGUCGCAGAUGCCGAGCAUACAUUAAUCCCUUCAUGGUAUUCAAAGCUGGAGGAAAUAAAUUUGUCUGCAAUAUGUGUACAUUCCCGAACGAUGUCCCUUCAGAAUACUAUGCGCCACUUGAUCCUUCCGGAAUACGCGUUGAUCGAAUGCAACAACCCGAGUUAAUGUUGGGAACAGUUGAAUUCAUGGUCCCAAAGGAAUACUGGAAUAAGGAGCCAGUAGGACUGCGGUGGCUUUUUGUUCUCGAUACUUCACAAGAAGCAGUAAAUGGAGGGUUUUUGGAAGCAUGCUGUGAAGGGAUAAUCGGUGCAUUGUACGGAGGCCAACACACUGUUGACAAUGAAAACGGCGAGGCCUCCAACGAACGACUUCCCGCUGGCGCGAAAGUCGGCAUAAUUACCUUUGAUAAGGAAAUGCAUUUCUACAACCUCAGUGCUUCCCUCCAACAAGCUCAGAUGAUUGUGAUGCCUGACCUAGACGACCCAUUCGUUCCUUUGAGUGAAGGAUUAUUUGUUGAUCCUCAAGAGUCAAAGCAUGUCAUUUGCUCCCUUCUAACGCAGAUACCCGCAUUAUUUUCUAAUAUUAAAAACCCUGAACCCGCUCUUCUUCCAACAAUAAAUGCUGCAUUCUCAGCUCUAGAAGCAACAGGCGGCAAAAUUAUUUGUUCCCUGGCCAGUUUGCCGACGUGGGGUCCUGGGCGGCUGUUUAUGAGAGAAGACGGCAAAGGUCAGGGGACGGAUGCUGAGAAGAAGCUGUUCACGACAGAACACCCUGGCUGGAAGAAAGUUGCAACGAAGAUGGCUGAAAGCGGCGUUGGCAUCGAUUUCUUCAUCGCAGCUGGCGGAGGUAAAUAUAUGGAUGUAGCAACCAUUGGCCAUGCUGCCGCUACUUCGGGAGGAGAAACUUUCCUCUAUCCGAAUUUCCAAGCGCCACGCGAUGUGUUAAAGCUUUCUAACGAACUGUCCCAUGCUGUCAAUCGCGAAACUGGAUAUCAGGCCUUACUCAAAGUCAGAUGCUCGAAUGGUCUGCAGGUUUCAGCUUAUCACGGCAACUUCCUCCAGCAUACCUUUGGGGCCGAUCUUAUAGUUGGAACAGUCGAUGCCGACAAAGCGUUUGGCGUCACCUUUAACCAUGAUGGAAAACUGGAUCCCAAACUCGACGCACACUUCCAGGCUGCUCUACUUUAUACCACUUCUGGAGGUCAAAGACGUGUGCGAUGCGUUAAUCUUGUCGCAGGUGUUAAUGAAGGUGGAAUGGAUACUAUGCAGUACCUAGAUCAAGAUGCCAUCGUCAAUAUCAUGGCUAAAGAAGCUGCUUCCAAAAUGCCUGAAAAAUCGUUGAAAGACAUCCGUGCGUCAUUAACGGAAAAAACAAUCGAUAUCUUAGCCAAUUACAGGAGGCACUUCUCCACAUCACAGCCUCCCGGCCAACUUGUCCUACCAGAGCACUUGAAAGAGUUUCCUAUGUAUAUCCUGAGUUUGAUCAAGUCGCGGCCUUUUAAGGGAGGACAUGAGCCUUCGGACCGCCGGGUGCACGAUCUCCGGAUGCUCAGGUCGUUCGGGUGUAGGGAGCUUUCCCUUUACCUAUACCCGCGCAUCAUACCUAUCCAUAACAUGAAACCCGAAGACGGCUUCGCAGAUAAGGACGGUCAACUCCAAGUUCCCCCUUCUAUACGCGCAUCAUUCUCCCAGAUUGAAGAGGGCGGUGCCUACCUUGUUGACAACGGGCAAAUUUGUCUCCUCUGGAUACAUGCUCACGUUUCGCCCAAUCUCCUAGAAGAUCUCUUUGGGCCUGAAAAGACAUCAUUACAGUCGCUCGACCCCAGCACUUCCUCUCUUCCUCUCCUGGAAUCUCACUUGAAUGCUCAAGUUCGAAAUCUCCUUCAGUACCUGGCUACUGUUCGUGGGUCAAAGGCCGUCACGGUACAAUUGGCAAGACAGGGCAUGGAUGGUGCCGAAUAUGAGUUUGCUCGAUUGCUAGUCGACGAUAGGAAUAAUGAAGCUCAGAAUUACGUGGACUGGUUGGUGCACCUGCAUCGACAGAUCCAACUUGAAAUUGGUGGCCAUCGGAAAAAGGAAGACAGCGGCGCGGGUGGAGUUAGUGGGAUGGAAAGUACUUUGACGGGACUGGCCGGGUUACGACCACCAUACUGGUGAUGAUUAGUUAAACACCCAUAUCGUAUAUUUUCCGUUUCCUUUGGCUCCCAUACGUACGCAAUAUUUAUUCACUUCUUUCAUGGCCGGCCCUUUCGCCGUAUAGAC